GUACGCUCGGGCGUCUCUCCUCCCCGCAUCCCAGCGGACUGCCACUGGCUCUCGACCGCGUCGUCCUGGGACCAUGUGUCCCCUGGCCUUUUCUGCGGAGGCCCUGCAGAUCGAACAGGCAGGGGCAAGGAUGGGGCUUCCCGCACCGAGCACGGUUCCCCCGUCGUGGAAACAGGCGUCUGUCCCACCGGGCGGGGCUUCGGCUCUCGGUGCGAUGUCCGCAAGCCGUGGCCGCUGAAACGUGCGCACGCUGGAGCCGCCGCCGUGCAGAGGGAGAUCUCAUCCGGCUCCUCGUGUCCUUCCAGUGAGCAGAGAGUCCCCUCAGGUCCCCUGCUCCUCCCAUGCACGCGCACGCUCCCCAACGGUCCUAGGAACAGCCUGCCCCAGAGGAGCGUGCUGGCCACAACCCACCUCCACGGAGACGGAGACGGCAGUGUCCGUCCGCGUCAGUCACCCUCGUCCAGAGUCCCCGGGCCGUGUGCCCUCGCCUUCACGCCUGGCACCGUCCGUUCUGUAGGUUUGUGUCGAACCUGCCCGGAGCCCUGUGGCAUCGUCCCGGAUCAGGGGUUCGGUGGAAAACACCCUGUCCCCCUGCCUCCUCGGCAGGUGGAUCCUUCACCACUGGACCACCAGGCAGGGAAGUCCCUUCACAGCCUUCUAAAAGCAUCUACCCUGAAACAGUCCACGUCGUCCUCCAAACAUCACUGGACCAUCACGACGGAAAGGAAGGAAACGAUGACACUUCAAGAAGCAGCAAGAGUGCCGGUCUGUGAGAAACGAAGGUCAACCCUUCACGAUGCAAUCCCUUUUCCGGGCCUGAUCGUUCAGAAACUCUCCCAUCCCAAGCGGGGGACGGCAGGAUAUCCAUCUCGAGUUUGGGACGGGGGCUUCCCCGGCGGCUCCGUAGGAAACCGUCCCGUGCCCACGCAGGAAACACGGGUUUCAUCCCCGGCCCGGGACGAUCCCACGUGCUACAGAGCCACGAAGCCCAUAGGCCUCGCCGACGGAAUCCGUGCUCUAGAUCCUGGCCACUGCGAGCGCUGAGCCCACACCCAGCAGCCGCUGAAGCCCACGUGCCCCAGUGCCCACGCUCCCCAAGAGGAACCACAGCCACGAGAAGCCCAGACACACAACCGCAGAGCGGCCCCCUCCUCCGCGGAGAGAGAACCGCUCGCACAGCCGUGAAGACACGGCACACCCCCACAGAGAUCAGAGACGUCCCACGAUUUGAAAGCAAUACGGGGUCUAGGAUGGGACGCCGUCGGCCAAUACCUCGUCCCAUCCCUCGGGAAGCUCGCCGACUCCGCGGUCGAUGAGAUCAAGAAACCGCAGCUCACCGUGCCAUCGGAAGUGCGGGAAGCUCUCCCUGCAGUGCUGAGAGCCCAGUGGAGACGUGACCCGCGGGGACCGUGAGCGUGCCUGUUCUCGGGAAGAAGUCCUUCCCGGUCCGGGCUCUGGAGAUCGGCCCACGCGGACCCGCAGACAGCGGACGGCCAUCCCUCUCGGCUCCCUGCAGGCUCACGGGUCCAGGCGUGCAGUGCCCCCGGCAUCUGCUCGCAUCUUCGGGGCCCGUCUCCCCCGCCGCGCUCCACUCACUUUGAAUCCUUCUCCCCUCUCGUCUGACAUGUUCUCUUUCCCGUGCGACUCUUCCUGGCUCCCCAGGCACCACUUCGCAUCGUUCUCUUCUCAUCGCACUCGUCUCGUGGAAAGAAUUCCACGUCUCUCUGCUCUGGUCCCCAAGGAGUCUGUCAUCGCUCCAUUCAUCUGGGGAUCGACUGGCACCCAGGCAACCCGGGCCCACGAAAACCGGGGCUCCGUGUGGAUGGGACGACUUGCCGACGACCGCGGGGGGGGUGGGGGGUGGGCGGCUCGUGGACGUGGAAAGCUGGCACCGGGGAGUCGUCCUGCGGACACACCCUCGGGCACCAUCGCGUUCGCGGGAGCGUUUGGGUUGUCGUCGUGGUCGCCGCCGUAUUCCCUGAGACGCGUGCGGUCGCACUGGGAGUCCAACGGCGUCUAUGGGAAAAGAAUGGAUCCUUCCCUGGAUCCCCUCAGAAGGACUUCGAAAAGAGUCGUGGUCGAGACGUGAUCGAUCUUUCCAACACUCUCACUUCUGGGUAGACAUCUAAAGAGAAGAGACACGGAAGCGAAAUCUCAGAGAGAGAUCUGCACUCCCAUGUCCACGGCAGCAUCAGUCACACGGGUCAAGAGAGGGAAACAGCCCGAGUGUCCAUCAAGGGAAGAAGAGGGAAAGAAGACACACGAUCCAGACAGAGAUCGAUCGAUAGGUAGAAAUAGAUGUCCCACGGAGCCACGGGAACGAACGCAUUCUUGUCUGGUGAUAGCAUGGAUGUGACUUAGGGCGUGAUGCCAAAUGAAUAAGUCAGGUAGAGAAAGAGAAAGACUUUCUCAUGCCACUCACAUGCCAUGGAU